UCACAUUGUAGUCACACUGGAUGACUGAGUGUGUUUCUUGUGACUACCUUAUGUGUUUAAAAAACUGAAUCAAUCAUCAAUACGAUGAUCCAUGUUAUGUACUUUUUUAUUCAGUUUUUUUGGUGGAUGCUGCUUCUCUCAGUUCCUCCAAUGUUUUGAAAAAUCAUGGUUUUUUAACACUGAUUUUAGGAAUGACAUUCUUAGGGAGAGUGACUAUAAUAGUGGCUCACAAUGAUGGUCCCAGAAUGUCAAUGAUACGUCACAUCCUGACAAAUCAGUUAAGGCUGAAAGACAAUUCACUCCGAUUACAACACAGCGUUUUCAAAAUAAUUUCAUCACUCUACAGAUAGAGACCUUGAACACAAAAAAAGAAAACUAAUUAUAGCGGGUUAGAGAGAUCUGCUCAAAUCUUAGCACUAACAGCCCUUUUUUUUCUCACCAGGCAACUCAGGCGCCGCCACGCCACCAGGAACAGAAGAGGCAGUGUACUGCCACAUGACACAGCAAACACGCCACCCUCACACAAUCUGGCUUAAACCAUCCAGCCCCCGGUCUUCCCUUCUGUCUCCUCUGCCAGGAAACAAAGCAAAUAGAGAGAGGGAAAUCACGCUUCACAAGGAAGUAUGCAAUGGGUGUGUGUGGAUGCAGAAUUGGCAAUAACAGGCUUUUCUGAGUUGAUUCAUCAGUGUGACAGUUGGAUUAAGAAUUAUGCAAAGUGGGGAAUCACGCAAGGACCUAUGACGCACUGUGUCAGUUUGUUUGAGAGCAGUGCACCACCAGGAUUCCCAGAAGAGGACCAUAUCUGAGCAGGGGCCCGAUGCAGAACGGGGAGGCUAUGAGCCCGCAGGACUCCAAGGCAACAGGGGCUGAGGCAAUGGAGGAGCAGAAGGCCCAGAACCAUAGCCAGAAUCAGGGAUGUACGGAGCCCACAGCACCUCCUCUUCCUCCUCCUUCACCACCACAACCAGGGGAACCAGAAUACCCGAGACCCAGGCUCAUCUUCCACACCCAGCUGGCUCACGGGAGUCCCACAGGCCGCAUCCACGGAUUCACCAACGUGAAGGAGCUGUACGCCAAGAUCGCUGAAGUGUUCAACAUCUCUCCAUCAGAGAUCCUGUUUUGCACCCUCAACUCUCAUAAAGUGGACAUGCAGAAGCUGCUGGGGGGGCAGAUUGGACUUGAAGACUUCAUCUUUGCUCACGUCAGAGGGGAGACCAAGGAGGUGGAGGUGAUAAAGACAGAAGACGCAUUGGGCCUUACUAUCACAGACAAUGGAGCAGGAUAUGCUUUCAUCAAGAGGAUAAAAGAAGGCAGCACCAUAGACCAGCUCAAGACAGUAUGCGUUGGUGACCACAUUGAGGCCAUCAAUGACCAGAGCAUUGUAGGGUGUCGACACUACGAGGUUGCUAAGAUGUUAAAAGAGCAAACAAGAGGCAUACCUUUCACUCUCCGCCUGGUAGGGCCGAAGAAGGCCUUUGAUAUGAUUGGAAUGAGGACCAGAGCUCCAAAAUCUAAUGAAGGAAAGAUGGUGAACGGGAAGGAGACCCUGCGUCUUCGCUCCAAGGGUGCUGCUACAGUUCAGGAAGUGAAUGAGUUUGAAGAACGGGCCACCAAGAAAGUGGAUGACCUGUUAGAGAGCUACAUGGGCAUCAGAGAUCUGGAGCUGGCAACCACCAUCGUGGAAGCAGGCAAAGACAAGAAGAACCCUGAUGACUUUGCAGAGGCCUUGGACUCAGUUCUGGGAGAUUUUGCUUUCCCUGAUGUAUUUUUGUUUGAUGUAUGGGGAGCUAUUGGAGAUGUCAAGAAUGGUAGAAUUUAGACAUUUACCAUAGCUAAACACAACAGCAAGAGAGAAAGAGCUCUGUUUAUUGGUACAUCAAAGUGGAACAAAAACAGCCAUUUUAAUCACUUCCUUUAAAAUCAAGACAGAGACUGCAAUUAAUUCAAAAAUUUCCCUUUGAACAUUUAAAGCAGAUCAUCACUCCCAAAUUUGGACAAAUCUCUACAACAAACAGAGAACAGAAAAUUGCAGUCGAGUUUAAUAUAUAUAUAUUUGUAUUGAAAUCAAAGAUUGAAAUGAACCUUUACUGUAGGCAUUUAGCUGGGGAUAUUGUUCAGGGUGGACAACAGUGACAGUAAAAUUAGAUGGUUCAUCAAAAUACAGGAAUCUCCCCAUUUUGAUAAAAGGGGCUCUCUCUCCAUACAAUAAGAAAAUUAUGUAAAGGGUAUUUAAACAACAUGUCAGGAAACACAGCUGCAAAACAGACACUCAUCCAGCCAUCUAGGAAUCAAGGAAGUUAGAUAAGCCGCAGUAAACCAUUUUCCUCUGAUGAAAACCCACUGGGAAUAACAGCAGAGGAACAAGGAGACAUUUUUGGGUCAUCCCAAACUGUAUUAGUCUACUUCUUCAAUACCAAUAACCUAUACAAGCCAGAGAUGCAUGAUAAGUUGUUCAUGUUUGAAAGUAGGUUGUCACUAUAUUUCUAUAGAAUUUGUUGACCUUUUCUGAAAUAACCAAGUGCUCCAAGUUCAAUUAAAAUAAUUGCCAGUAUUUAUUUAUUUAUUUCUCAGUCAUCUAAGUAAGUUAUUCAUCUGAACUUGAACUGUCAAAAAUUGAAAAUGAAAACGGAGAAAUCUGACAAUGAACGUCAAGGAGAUGGGCUAAAUGGCACUGCCUUGCGAUUCACAUUUUACCACAUGAUCAUUACUGUCAAACAGGAAGCAAGCCUAGAACUUCUCACGAAAACAAAAUAACCAAAUAAAUAAAACUAUCUUGUGUGCAUGUGAACCAUUUCCUUGAAGUUUUCUGCAUUAAUUUUGCCUUAAAAAUGAAGGUCUUCAUGCUCACUAAUAUUAAAAUUCCCACUUUACUGGAAACUUUCUGGUUUGUAUCAAAGAGAUAAUGUAAAUAUACUGGAUCAGUUUGUUGCAGUCUUUAUACUUCAGUACAUCUGUUCUUAUUUCCAAUGUGCUGCUUUCUCUUUCUGUCUCUGCAUUGGAGAGUAUUUACUUUAAAAGAAGGAACCAUCAAACUACAUAUUGGAGUUUGACAGUUAUAUGUUUUCUGGAUCACCAAACAAUGUGGACAAUUUAUAAAGUCAUAUUCUUUGCAUACAUGUGAGCAAGCAAACACUGAACAGCCACAUUUUAAAAUACAGAUUGACACCGCUUCACUUAUUGUGAUUACACUGUUUCAGCUACUGCUAUCAGUAUUUGUCUGAUGUUUUGUUGUAACACUUUGUAUAUGACUGCACCUCUUUGUGAAGACCUGAAAAUGUAUGGCACAUUUCAUAUGUUUAAAAGUAAGUAAAAAGGUUGAAAUGAUA